AUGGCGCCACAACCAACCAACACGAACUGGGACCACGAGUAUAACACUCUUCGCCGAGAGAAGCUUUUUAGGGAUCCUCCGACAGAUCGAUCAGCGUAUCCUUUAUUGCAGGAGGCCGUUAACCCACAUAUCGAGUCCUUCGAUGCUCUCUUUGGCGACAAUGGCUUAGUCGCGAAGGGACUGGCCGACAUUGGCACAAGGUUGUUUCUGGAUGGAGACGACCGCGCUCCGCCAACUGGGAAGAACAGAUUAAGGAUCAAGUGCAAGGGAAUACACCUUCAGAAAUCGCAACUCCCGCCUACCAAUAAGUUUGCGGUCAAAAACCGAGAGAUUCUACCCGCCGAGUGUCGAGAACGACAUGUAUCAUACCGAGGAAAGCUUUCUGCCACAUUUGAGUACAGAAUAAACGAUGGCGAUGCGAAGGAAUUCACCCGAGAGAUUGGCCAACUGCCGAUUAUGGUAAAGUCGGCCUAUUGCCACCUUAGAGAUAACAGCCCGGCGCAAUUGGUCGCACGUAAAGAGGAAUCAGAAGAACUGGGGGGUUAUUUCGUUGUGAACGGCAUCGAAAAGAUUAUACGACUUCUUCUGGUCAACCGAAGAAACUUCCCCCUAGCCAUCAACCGUCCGAGUUUCACCAACCGUGGUCCUGCCUACACUCCUUACGGUAUCAUACUUAGAUCAGUACGACCGGAUGAAACUUCGCAAACGAAUGUUCUCCAUUAUCUAAACGAUGGCAAUGUUACCUUUCGCUUCUCUUGGCGAAAGAACGAAUAUUUAGUCCCAGUUAUGAUGAUUUUAAAAGCACUCGUAGAGACGAACGACAGAGAGAUUUUUGAAGGUCUAGUUGGAGCUCCGGAUUCAAAAGGCACCGAGAAUACAUUUCUCACGGAUCGUGUUGAGCUCUUAUUACGAACCUACAAGACCUAUGGAAUCUAUACAAUGGCGCAGACUCGAGCGUAUCUCGGAGAGAAAUUUCGACCUGUUUUAGGAGUGCCCGAUACUUUAUCGCACUACGAGGUAGGUACCGAAUUCUUGCGACGAAUCGUGUUGGUCCACUUAGGAAAUAUCAACGUGACGGAGCAGCAAGAUUCGGACAAGUUCCGUAUGUUAUUAUUCAUGAUCAGGAAGCUCUAUGCUUUAGUUGCUGGAGACUGCUCGGUUGAUAAUCCUGAUGCGGUCCAAAAUCAGGAAAUUCUCCUUGGUGGAUUUCUAUACGGCAUGAUCAUUAAAGAACGACUGGACGAAUUACUCUCGGUUGGACUUCGCGGUGCUCUACGAGAAUAUAUGAGAAGGUACCCUGCAAGGUCAUUUACCUCUGAAGAAUUUUCCAAGGAUUUUCCUAUCAAGAUAUUCCAAAAGACUAACGAAAAUGUCGGUAAUGCUCUGGAAUAUUUCUUAUCUACUGGCAAUUUAUCAAGCCCGUCCGGUCUAGAUUUACAACAAGUAUCAGGGUUUACCGUCGUUGCCGAGAAGCUCAACUUCCUUCGUUUUAUCAGUCAUUUUCGAAUGGUACAUCGAGGAAGUUUCUUCGCCCAGCUGAAGACUACGACGGUACGAAAGUUAUUACCUGAGUCUUGGGGCUUCCUCUGCCCUGUUCAUACCCCCGAUGGUUCGCCCUGUGGUCUACUUAACCAUCUUGCACAUAAAUGCAAGAUCAUGACUGGUUCUGUCAACACUUCAAUGAUCCCACAGCUAGCCGCCGAGCUUGGCGUCGUUGACACUUCGUCUGCCGCGACAGAUGAAAGUGUAGUCGUUAUCUUAAAUGGUAGGAUCCUUGGUUGGUGCCACCCGUCUGAGUCGCGCAGAAUAGCGGACACUUUCCGAUACUGGAAAGUUGAAGGCUCUCACGGAAUCCCUGUGCACCUCGAAAUCGGCCACGUACCAUCGUCCAAGGGAGGAUCCUACCCUGGAAUAUACAUGUCUUCUGAACCCGCUAGAAUGGUGAGGCCAACCAAGUACCUCCCGUUAGCGAAGGAAGACUUCGUAGGACCUUUAGAACAGCCAUAUAUGUCUAUUGCUUGCACGGAGCAAGAAGUUGUCUCGGGAGAAUCGACACAUGUUGAAUUCGACCCUACGAAUAUUCUAUCGAUCCUAGCAAAUAUGACACCUUUCUCAGACUUCAACCAAUCUCCAAGAAAUAUGUACCAAUGUCAGAUGGGUAAGCAAACGAUGGGUACUCCAGGAACGUCACUCGCAUACCGGACAGACAACAAGAUGUAUCGCCUCCAGACCGGUCAGACACCUAUUGUCAGGUCUCCACUUCAUAAUGCGUACGGCUUCGACAAUUUUCCCAACGGCACAAACGCAGUUGUCGCUGUGAUAUCCUAUACGGGAUAUGAUAUGGACGACGCUAUGAUUCUAAAUAAGUCGGCCCACGAACGAGGCUUCGGACAUGGCACCAUUUACAAGACUAAAAAGUACACGCUCAAGGAGGAAAGUCGUACAAGGUCAGCCAAAAACGUGACUAAAAUGUUCGGGUUCGCUCCAGGCAGCGUCGUCAAGGCAUGGACGCAAACUAUGUUAGAUGAAGACGGACUCCCAUAUGUCGGACGAAUGGUUCAAGAAGGUGAUAUCGUCUUUGCUUACCACACCGUCUCCGCAGACUACAGUGGUAACUUAGUAAAUCGAGAUGGUGUCACUAAGUACGAGAAAUACAAGGAUUCGGAACAAGCGUUCAUCGAAGAGGUACGACUAAUCGGCAGUGAGCAAGGCAACGAGCCUGCUCAAACAAUCUCGGUCAAGUUUCGCAUUCCUCGGUCACCCGUCAUCGGCGAUAAGUUCUCAUCUCGCCACGGUCAGAAAGGUGUCGCUUCGCAGAAAUGGCCGGCUAUCGAUAUGCCCUUUUCAGAGUCUGGUAUUCAACCCGAUGUCAUUAUCAAUCCCCACGCUUUCCCCUCUCGAAUGACAAUCGGUAUGUUCGUCGAGUCGCUGGCAGGAAAGGCAGGUUCACUUCAUGGCCUCGCACAAGACUCAACUCCUUUCCGUUUUGAUGAGGAUAAUACGGCGGCCGACUUUUUCGGACAUCAACUCAUGAAAGCUGGUUACAAUUAUCACGGAAACGAACCUAUGUAUUCUGGAAUUACUGGGGAAGAAUUGGCCGCAGAUAUCUACAUUGGUGUCGUGUAUUACCAACGAUUACGUCACAUGGUCAACGAUAAGUACCAAGUAAGAACGACAGGACCGGUAGUCGCUACGACAGGUCAACCGAUUAAAGGUAGAAAACGGGGUGGUGGUAUUCGUGUUGGUGAAAUGGAACGAGAUGCUUUGUUAGCACACGGCACAGCCUUCCUUCUCCAAGACCGUCUUCUCAACUGCUCGGAUUAUACACCAUCGUGGAUUUGCCGUAGAUGUGGCUCUUUCUUAUCGAUACAACCUACAGUCUCUCCUUUUGUGGGUAGGAAGAAAACAGUGAAUAGCGUCCGAUGCCGAAAUUGCGCGACUCGCCUCGAUCAGAUCAAGGAUGUCGACUUAACCAAACUAGCUGGUGAGAUAUGGGAAGACGGACAAGGGAACCAGUGGAUCGGAGGUGAAGAUACUACGAAAGUAGCAGUUCCCGGCGCUCUCAAGUACCUUGACGUGGAACUGGCAGCUAUGGGUGUUAAGUUGAAGUACCGAGUCGACCCGAAGGAUGCUCCGCGAAAGGGCCCGCUGUUACAUGCGAAAUGGGACGUGAUUUCUACGGGAAAGAAAGCAAACGCCCUCCCACCCGUCGUUGCGGCCGCGUAG